GGAGACAGGGAGAAUCCAUUUUUCCGAGGGCAGGGCUAAAUAUCAGGAAUUCCAUUUCCGUUCAAGGGAUUUUUCACAAAUCCUACAGGAGGGACUAGAGGAAUUAAAUUCUUUUUUAUUUAUAAGUGAGUUUUCCUUUUUUGUUGUUUUUAAGAGACACUGUUGAAUGAUGGCGUCCUCUCCGCAGAAGUCUCCGACCUCUCCCACUCCUCUGUCUCCCAGCUCCAGGAAGAAAGAUGAAACUUUUCUCGGGAAACUCGGAGGAACUUUGGUCAGAAGGAAAAAGGCGAAAGAAGUGUCAGAGCUGCAGGAGGAAGGCAUGAACGCCAUAAACCUGCCUCUGAGUCCCACACCGUACGAGCUGCAUCCGGAGGACACCAUGCUGGAGGAGAAUGAGGUUCGCACCAUGGUGGACCCCAACUCCAAGAACAACAGCAAACUGCAGGAGCUGAUGAAGGUGCUUAUCGACUGGAUCAAUGACGUGCUGGUCGGUGAGAGGAUCAUCGUGAAGGACCUGGCAGAGGAUCUGUAUGAUGGACAAGUUCUGCAGAAGCUCUUUGAGAAGCUGGAGGGAGAGAAGCUGAACGUGGCGGAGGUAACCCAGUCAGAGAUCGCUCAGAAGCAGAAACUCCAGACGGUCCUCGAGCGCAUCAACGAGGUUCUGAAAGUCUCCCCCAGAAGCACCAAAUGGAACGUCGACUCUGUUCAUGCUAAGAGCAUGGUGGCCAUCCUGCACCUGCUGGUGGCGCUGUCUCAACACUUCAGAGCUCCAAUCCGCCUCCCCGAGCACGUCUCCAUCCAGGUGGUGGUGGUUCAGAAACGGGAGGGAAUCUUGCAGUCUCGUCAGGUUCAAGAGGAAAUCACAGGCAACACUGAGGCAUUAUCUGGCAGACACGAGCGUGACGCAUUCGACACCUUGUUCGAUCACGCACCUGACAAACUGAGCGUGGUGAAGAAGACACUCAUCACUUUCGUCAACAAACACCUGAACAAGCUGAACCUGGAGGUGGCCGAGCUGGACACACAGUUUGCAGACGGAGUGUACCUGGUGCUUCUGAUGGGACUCCUGGAAGGAUACUUCGUACCGCUCUACAAUUUCUUCCUCACCCCGGAAAACUUUGAGCAAAAGGUCCAUAACGUGUCCUUGGCCUUCGAGCUGAUGCAGGACGGCGGACUGGAGAGACCAAAACCCAGGACAGAGGACAUCGUGAACUGUGACCUGAAGUCGACUCUGCGUGUUCUCUACAACCUCUUCACCCGAUACAGACACGUGGAGUGACGAGACACUCUGACGGACCUUUCAGUCUGCGGGUCAGUUUGGGAAAAUCAGCACUACGGGGAUUUGUCGUGGCUGCAUUGUGGUGUUGAUUAUUCCUACAAGUGACCACUCUAUAUGGUGUGUGUGUCGGUGUGUGUGUGUACAGUGAGCUAUCUAAUAGCUAUACAAACGCAGUGUUGCGUAUAAAAGCUUUUUUUUCAGUGGGAGUUUGAACACGGACGAUCAAGCAGCACAAUUCUCACACUGCUGUAGUGUUCACUUGCAGAAUCUCUCGAGCGUGCGCGGUUUCUUCUUCACUCCAAAGAAAUAUAUAAGCAACAAAAUAUAUAUGAGCAGAUUUUUCUAUGUGGUUUAAACAAUACAGUAUUGUGUAAGUGUAUGAUGAAUCUGAGAAACAUUUCAGGAUCUUUUUAUAAUUCCUUUAUUUCACACAGCCGACUGAUUUGAAAUAGCAGUAAUGAACCUUCAUUCAUGCUCCAGAGACUAUUCAGAUCACGUGUGUGUGCUUUUAUUUGUGUAGAUGUAGAUAUUUGUGCAGAUAUUUCAUUUAAAAUCUUCAUCAGACUGAGGACUGGGAUAAACUUGAUCAAAUUUGACUGAAUAAAUAAACUUCAAAUGAAUUUACUACCA